AUGCGCAGUGGGAAUUUCGAGCCCUUUAAAUGUGCCGUACGUGCAAAGAUGGCAGCCCGAGUCGACUUGCUCCGUGCGAAAGUGGAAGACAAGAUAAGGGCGAGCACAGGCGGGUUUACCGCCGAGAAGGGGAAGAGGAAGAAGCGGGACUCGUCUCCGCCGGCUGUCGUAGGCGACGUCCCGGAUAAAGACGCCAAGAAAGUGAAGGUCCAUCAUCACCAGCACCAGCACCGCCUCCAGCACGCUGUGCAGCGAGCGCACCAGCCGCAUCAACAGCUGCAGAAUGCCCGACCUCGCAACUUUGCCGCCGAAAACCCCGCCGUACACCACUGCCAGCGCAACCACAGCCAUAACAACCACCACCACCACCACCAUCACCACCACCACCACCACAGCAGCAGCAGCAGCAGCAGCCACGCCGACGGGGCGAAGAAGGAGCUGCAGGCUGCGUUGCCGCCCCCGCCGCGGAAGGCGCCGCACCAGCAGCUGGAGAAGAAACGAGCGCCGCCCUCCGCGCCACCUGCGCCCUUCACCUGUACGCCCCUCAAAGUGGCCACGGCCGACGGGUGUAAAGACAAACACGCGCGUAAAGACGCUAAACUGAAGCCCAAGAAGGAAAACGCCGAGGCCAAUGUGAAGCGCGCCGAAGUGAAGAGAAAGAAAGAGCCGAGGCCCCACGACGAGAAUGUUACGUCUCAGAUGCUGGAGAAAUACUUGGGGAAGAAGAAGAAGAAGAAGAAGAAGCACCACCACGAGGAUGAGCACAGUGGCAAGAGAGUCAGACACACACACAACAAGGAGGUCCAGACUGUGUGUGCAGGGCUGGCGGCAGAUCUCGCCCCGUCUGUUCGCCCUGACACCACUUUACCUCGCGGCACGAAGCAAGAAGGCACCUGCCAGCAGAAUACAGGCACUACUGACAGCUACCACCACCCCUACACCCACACUCCUAAAGUGGCCCACACGCCUUUUCUUUCCCACCAAGACCACUACAUUCGCAGCUCUUGCCUCCAGACAGGCACCUGGCAUGGACACUUCAUGCAUGAGGAGAGGCAGGCCAAUGGCGGGGCAUCAGUUCUGCAUGCCUAUGCCGACGAGCUGGCCUGUUUGAACCCUGCUGACAUGGAGAGCUUUGCCCAGGAGUUCCUGGGGCUGACCUUUGCUGAGCACCCCAAAGGUGCAGCCCGCCACGCCUUGGCAGUGGUGCAUGGCGCGGCUGCUUACCUACCUGACUUUCUGGACUACUUUGCCUUCAACUUCCCCAGCACUCCUGUCAAAAUGGAGAUACUAGGCAAGAAGGACAUAGAGACCACCACAAUAGCCAACUUCCACUCUCAGGUGAGUCGGACUUACUGUUCAGGGACAUACCGGGCCGGACCGAUGAGGCAGAUAAGCUUGGUGGGAGCUGUGGACGAAGAGGUGGGAGACUAUUUCCCCGAGUUCCUGGACAUGCUGGAGGAGUCACCUUUUCUCAAGAUGACCCUACCGUGGGGUAGCCUCUCCAGCCUGAAGCUGGAUUGUCGCUCUCAGAGUGAUGACGGGCCUAUCAUGUGGGUCCGGCCAGGGGAGCAAAUGGUACCCACUGCUGAUAUGCCCAAGUCUCCCUUCAAACGACGCAGGUCAAUGAACGAGAUUAAAAACCUGCACUACCUGCCAAGGGCCAGUGAACCCCGGGAGGUUCUGUUUGAGGACCGGACCAAGGCCCACGCUGACCAUGUAGGCCAAAGCUUCGACUGGCAAAGCACUGCUGCUGUUGGGGUACUGAAAGCUGUGCAGUUUAGAGAGUGGAGCAAUCGACCUCGCAUAACCAAAGAUGUAGUAUGUUUCCAUGCGGAGGACUUCAAUGAUGUCGUCCAGAGGCUGCAGCUAGAUCUCUAUGAACCCCCUGUGUCUCAGUGUGUCCAGUGGGUGGAUGAUGCCAAGCUCAACCAGUUAAGGAGGGAGGGUAUCCGAUACGUUCGCGUCCAGCUUUGUGAUGACGACAUCUACUUCAUCCCUAGGAACGUCAUCCACCAGUUCAAGACCGUGUCCGCAGUCUGCAGCCUGGCCUGGCACAUCCGCCUCAAACAGUACCACCGAGAGGACAAAGACCAGGACACGGAGGAGGAGGAACAACCGCCCAGCCACCUCAGCCCUACCUCAGGCAAAGUCUCAUCCUCCUCACCCGCGAGACCCGACACCACCAUGACCCCCUGUGCUCACCCACAGGCAGACAACAUCCAAGGUGGAGUGGCCAAAACCGAGGAGCCCGAGUUUCAGAGGCCAGCUACUCCUCCCCGGGAGCCCCAGCCAGCGCCUCCUCAGCCCACCAAGUCAGCUCAUUUACCGCCGCCCUACCAGGAUUCCCACCCUGCUUCAUCACCACUAUACUCUGGUUGUAAACCUCCAGCCUCAGAGCCCACGCUUCCACAAGUCACAGCCCAGCCUGUUCCACCCUACCCCUCUGCCCAGUGCCACGUUCAAUACCACCCAACCGAGCUGCCCAAAUGACCCUACUUUAACCUCCCCCAUCUCUCUCCCGCCCUCUUUGACACUCCUCAACCGUUGUGGGAGGAGCUUAAUUAAAGGGAUAUUAAGACUGAAUUAACAUAUAGUUGUGUAUCAAACCGGAAGCUUUUCAACUUCCUCUCUUAAAUUAUUGUUCACACUUUUUUUACCUGUAAAUGUUGUUAAAAAAAAAUCCCUGCAGGUUGUUUUUUCCCUUAGCCAAAGUGUUUCAUUCAAAGGACAAUAUGGAGUAAGUUUUGUUGGUAUUUUGUAUAUGGUAGCAACUAGACUGGAAUUCUUUAAAACUAUUAUCACUGACUUAAAGUGUGUGUCACGAAAAGCAGCUGUUGUUUCAAAUGGAAAAAUUUAAGCUGAUAUGGCCGAAGAGCCAAAAUGUUCAUUUUUUUUAAGGUCUCAGAUGUUAUUACUUGUACAUACGGCAAAAUUUAUUCUCGGGAUGCUAAAAAAAAAAAUUCCAGGUGUCUUCUAUAAGGUUCAACAAUGCAAAAUUGAGUCCGGUUCUGCCGGAUCAGGAAACACAUAUUCACUACGGUAUAUAUGAUACUACCUCGUUAGUUCGAGACUAAUAAAGGCAUGUAUACGAUGUAACCGUACCAGGAGGUACAGUAGAUUAAAAUUCACACUUCAAACAUUCUCAAGGUCUGCUCAGGACCGGUCUAGAAUUUGAAUUAUAAUGGUAUGAGCACUUGAUAUUCUACCCCCCCCCCCCGCUCCCAUCACUCAAAUAGUUGUAUAGCUAGCUGCAUGCUUCUCUUUUUAGCCCAACGCUGUUUUCACAGUGCCCUUGCCCCCAAGGUCGAUGCUGCUUUUGAUAAUUUAUUUAUUUUCUUAAGCUCGAGGUUAAAGUAGGAACACGGGUUCAGAACCGGUGGUCACUAUUUGACGUUAGAGUCUAACCGUAGGAGCACUUCUCAAUGAGGAAAAUGAUGGAGGAGUUUAUGGCUGUGACGUUGCACUUAGCGAUAACUGUCAGGAUUAUUUUUUCCCCCUCCCUGGGAGAGAGAUGGUGGAAUUUGCCCUCACGAUUUGUCAUGUGUUGGUGUCAUAUUAUCGUCCCGGCCGGGGAAGAUGUGAAUGCUGUCAGUGCGCUUCACUCAUCCCUGUGUUGUUGAAAACCUACACUCUCUUUGGUUUCAGGUGAAAUUGUCACUACAAUGAAGGCACCGUUGUAGAAUUUGUUGUCACGGUAGCAGCAACUUCCUCUUCAUGUAAAUGUGUGGGGAUGCGGCCAGUCCCCACCUUUUCUGAUGGGUGGGGUAAGUUUGCGGUAAUGAGGAAUCCUGUUUAACUGAUAAGAGUAUUCAGACAGUUGCUGGUAAAUGAAGGUAAAUGUCAGAUCUGUUUGCAAAAGUUACCCGCCUGUCUGUCAUGUAAUGGCUUCCGAGAUUGGCUUUAAUGUGGACGCCGUUAAAUCCUGAUUGGAGUGGAAGAAGCCUUUAUAACUGUGGCAGUCCUCUGACAGGGAGGUAGGAGUGUGAAGAUAUUGCCUUUGCUCUACUGGUAUCAUAGUGCCUUGUCUACAGCUCCCAUCAUUUGACACUGUAGUUUCUUUGUUUUUUUUAAAAAAAAAUUCAUUGGAAUUUUCCCCUCUUUUUCUCCCCAGUUGUACCCGGCCAGGUACCCCAUUCCUCCGAGCCGUCCCGGUCGCUGCUCCACC